AUGGAUGAACGGUUCGAUUCUUCGUCGGUGGGCGCCGGCGUGACUUUGGACGGAUUAUUCCGUGGAACUAUUUAUAAUGUGGGGCUCAGAGACGCGAAUCGCGGACGCUGGAAUCUGCUCCUUUGUCAUUGGAGCAACCUGUCCGCCGGGUUGGACUCAACUCGAGCACAAUGUAAAAUAACGGGCCACCUGAUUAACCGGCAUACUAUCCAGCUAUGCAGAUAUCUACCGCUCGCCCGUCGCACCGAUCACUGA